CUAACCAACCUUCCUGCCUUCUCCAAAAGAAUCUAGACCAGAAAGGACGGCACAGUUACCAAACCAAAUACUUCCCAGCCCUACUGACAUCGUCCAAUACUACCUACUCACCAUCAACUACUCACCAUCAACCACCCACCCGCCAUGUCACAUCCCCGAAUCGAAGAAGUGUCCGACAGCGACCUCUCGGACCCCAGCGAGGGCGACAUCGAAGACUUCCUCGAAACCGACAUCCUGCGACAAAAAGUCCCCGCGACCACCACCUCCCCAUUCCCCUCCAGCAACAGCAACAACCCCAACCCCAAUCCCACCCUCCUCCACCCCUCCUCCGCCCCCCAAGCCCAACAAGUCCAAGCCAGCGACAUAAAAGACUACCAAAUGCUGUACCCCGUGUACUUCGACCUAACGCGCACCCGCGCCCAGGGCCGCCGCGUAUCCAAAUCCCUCGCCGUCGCAAACCCCCUCGCGCGCGAAAUCGCCGCCGCCUGCGCCGCCCUGCGCCUAUCCCCCGUCUUCGAGGCGCACCGCCUCCACCCCAAGGACUGGGCGAACCCGGGCCGCGUGCGCGUGAAGCUGUCCAAAGCCGACAGCCACAACCCCAACCCCAACCCCUACGCCGCCCCCGUCAAGAACAAACACCACCUGUACGUCCUCGUCGCCCAGCACCUGCAAGCCCACCCCACCACCGACGCGAGCGACGCCCUCCGCCGCGUGCGCGUCCCCGGCCUCGGCGGCGCCCCCGCCGACCACGAGCCCUGGCCGCGCCCUGCCGUCCCGCGCGGCUGGAAGAUGGGCGACCUGUUGCCCGCGUACAGCGCCGCCAUGACGGGCGGCGGGGUCAGCGAGAACGCGUUCAAGGACAUGAUGCGGGAGAUGCAGAGCGGAGGGGGAGGCGCCGGCGGGGGUCCGGCUGACAUGAUGAGUAUGCUUGGCCAGGGGCUCGGAGGAUUUGGAGGGCCGGGAGGAGGGGGAGGAGGAGGAGCGGGGGCUAGUGGAAGCGAGGCUGGUGGAGGAGGAGGAGGAGGAGGAGGUGGGAAGAAGGGGAAGAAGGGGAAGGGGAAGGCGUGAGUGGACAUUCUAAGGCUUUGAAAGGAUGGCUUCUAGGACAGAAUGGGAUGGGAAGAGAAGAGAUACGGGAUGUACGGGUCCUCGAGUUAGGAAAAGGGGGAAACCAGUCAGGGAGUAUAGGAUAGGCUCCCAGCAUCAUCAUGGCAUAUCCUCUACGAACACAUCUCUACAACACAAA